ACACACACACGCACACACACUGACUGGAGAGUCAGGCUCACUCGCUCCUGCCAGGAAGUUGUUGGUAUUCGGGAAAUAACAAAGAGACGAAAACAGGUAUAUUAAACGCUUCGAAACUACACGAGGGGGAUCCGUGUACCGUGUAACUGAUCCGGUUAUGAGCUGGAGGACUAUUAACUAAUGGAGGACUAAUCGAUGGAGGCGGACAGAAGUUUUGGGCUCGUCUGGGUCCUGCUGCUGCUGUUGGGUAUUACAGCCGCUGCUGGGAGAGAAGUAUGCCUCGGGACCGAUAUGAAGUUGGCUUUACCCUCGAGUCUUGAGAAUCAUUAUGAAAUGCUCAGGCUGCUGUACACGGGCUGCCAGGUGGUUCACGGGAACCUGGAGAUCACACACCUGCAGGGAAGUCCAGACCUCUCCUUUCUGCAGGAGAUUGUGGAGGUUCAGGGGUAUGUGCUGAUAGCUCACGUCUCGGUGCGCUCGGUUCCUCUGGACAAUCUACGGAUAAUACGAGGCAGUCAGCUUUAUAACUCCAGCUACGCUCUCGCUGUGCAUAACAACAUCCACCACAGUCAGACAGAGCUCGGCCUGAGAGAACUACGCCUUAGGAGUCUCACGGAAAUCUUGCUUGGUGGGGUUUACAUUUGGGGAAAUCCUCAACUGUGCUUUCCUCAGAAAAUUAAUUGGAAAGACACUGUAACUAGUGUUGAAAACAAACUGCUGUACCUGCAAGACAUUCCAAAGAACUGUCCUCGUUGUUCUUCAGCUUGUCCUUCAGAUGGUGGAUGCUGGGGACAAACAAAUCAGGACUGCCAAAUAUUGACCUUUGUCCGUUGUUCAUCCGGCUGUUUGCGCUGUAAGGGUCCAAAACCCAACGAUUGCUGUCAUGUGCAAUGUGCUGCUGGGUGCACGGGGCCAAAAGACACAGACUGUCUGGCCUGUCGUCACUUCAAUGACAGCGGGACAUGUAAAGACAACUGCCCCCCACCCAGCAUCUAUGACCCCAACACCUUUCAGUCCAAACCCAACAAGGACAAAAAGUUCAACUUUGGAGCCACAUGCGUUAAGCAGUGUCCCCAUAACUAUUUGGCAAUGGAAGUGGCAUGUACAAUGGUCUGUCCCAAAGCGAACAAGGAAGUCAUUACUGUUGAACCGGAUGGUAAAGAAACGCAGAAAUGUGAAAAGUGUGAAGGAGAGUGUCCAAAAGUGUGUUACGGACUAGGAAUGGGAAACCUUCAAGGGGUGUCAGCGGUGAACGCCUCCAACAUUGACAUGUUCGUCGGCUGCGAGAAAAUCUACGGCAGUUUGGCUUUUCUUUCAGACUCCUUCAAAGUAAAUGCAGAAACCAAUUCAUCUGGCCUGCAGUGGAGUCAGCUGGAAAAGUUAAAGACAAUAAAAGAAAUUACAGGAUAUCUGUACAUAGAUGCAUGGCCAGAUAAUGUGCCUCAUCUGGAUGUUUUCGAGAACUUGAAGGUGAUCAGAGGAAGAAUGCUUUACAAGGGUGUUUUCUCUUUGGGAGUUCAGUCUUUGCAGAUCGAGUCUCUUGGGUUGCGUUCCUUGCGCAGUGUCAGUGGAGGCAUAGUACUGAUUCACAAUAACUCCAGACUGUGCUACACCUCCUCUCUGCCCUGGAACUCGCUGCUCCACCCCACACAGGGACCCAACCUCAUCAGCAACAACAACCAAGACCAGCAAACAUGUGCUUCAGAGGGGAGAGUAUGUGACCCCCUGUGUGCAGAUGCAGUCUGCUGGGGGCCGGGACCCAGUCAGUGUGUGUCAUGUGUGAAUUACAAACGCGGGACGGAGUGUGUGCAGCAGUGUAAUGUCCUACAGGGGCAGGUGCGGGAGUUCGAGGAUGGGUUAACCUGCGUCCCUUGCCAUCCAGAGUGUAAACCAGUCAACGACUCUGCCUCCUGUAUAGGCCCAGGUCCAGAACACUGUAAGGAGUGUUUGCACUUUCAGGAUGGAGACGUGUGUGUUGAGCGCUGUCCCAGUGGAGUGAAAGAGGACCAGCACACUGUGUGGAAGUACUUCAAUGCUACGGGACACUGUCUGCCCUGUGAGAACAACUGCACCGUCUCGUGUCCACUGGAUGAUAGAGGGUGCCCCAUCCAAAAGAAAACUGGGCCUGGGACAACAGUCGCAAUCACAGUUGGUGGAGUGUUUCUUUUUCUCAUUUUGCUGGCGUUGCUGGUGUUUUACCUGCGACGCCAGAAACACCACAAAAGGAAAGAAACCAUGAGGAGAAUUCUACAAGAGCACGAGCUGGUGGAGCCCCUGACUCCGAGUGGAGCGAUGCCAAACCAGGCUCAGAUGCGUAUUCUCAAGGAGACAGAGCUGAAGAAACUCAGAGUGCUGGGUUCUGGAGCCUUCGGCACUGUCUAUAAGGGUAUCUGGGCUCCUGAUGGUGAAAAUGUCAAGAUCCCAGUGGCCAUCAAAGUUUUGCGCGAGAACACCUCGCCAAGAGCCAACAAAGAAAUCUUGGAUGAGGCAUAUGUGAUGGCGGGUGUAUCGAGCCCACAUGUUUGCCGUUUGUUGGGCAUCUGUCUGACAUCAACGGUUCAGCUGGUUACUCAGCUCAUGCCGUACGGGUGCUUAUUGGAUUAUGUCAAAGAGAACAAGGACCGCAUCGGCUCUCAGUACCUUCUCAAUUGGUGUGUACAGAUUGCUAAGGGAAUGAGUUACCUUGAAGACGUCAGGCUGGUUCACAGAGACCUUGCAGCUAGGAAUGUUCUCGUCAAAAACCCCAACCAUGUGAAGAUCACAGACUUUGGGCUUGCCAGAUUGCUGGACAUCGAUGAGAAGGAGUACCACGCUGAUGGGGGAAAGGUGCCAAUCAAAUGGAUGGCGCUAGAGUCCAUAUUACACCGGAAGUUUACACACCAAAGUGACGUAUGGAGCUACGGGGUGACUGUGUGGGAGUUGAUGACCUUUGGCAUGAAGCCAUAUGACCUCAUACCAGCGCGGGAAAUUCCAGACCUACUGGAAAGGGGAGAUAGACUCCCCCAGCCGUUUAUCUGUACCGAGGAUGUAUACAUGAUUAUGGUCAAAUGUUGGAUGAUCGAUCCUGACAGUCGACCACGAUUUAAGGCGCUGGUGGAUGAGUUCACCAAGAUGGCACGUGAUCCCCCACAUUAUGUAGUCAUUUUGAAUGAUGAUCAAAUGAGUCUGUCGAGUCCUGUUGAUAGCGAGUUCUUCCGCACACUGCUGGCAGAAGAAGGGGGGAACGUGAAAGAGUUACUGGACGCAGAAGAAUACCUGGUCCCUCAGCCCGGUGGCAUCUUUAACACACAAGGAGAAAUGAGAGCCAACGGCCCCAGCAGACACCACUCUCACCGGAGUACAGAUCAAAGCCUAGAAGUAGAGGGUAUGCCAAGCGGGAGGGAAUUGUACUCUUCCGUCAGCACGCUGGGGCAAAGUCAGUACCCAACUCUUCCUGUGAGGGCAACAGCCAAUGGCAUGUGGCCUGGUGCACAAUAUCCAUCUCUGGUACGGAGCAUAUCCCACCGUUCAGCUGGAGGCCAAUCAGACUCAGUCUUUUUGGACGGUUAUGUGGAGGACAAUGGCCCUCCAUCUAGUCCUUGUCGGUAUUCUAAAGACCCCACCUUGCCCAACGGCAUAGAUGGAGAGCUGGAGACUGAUGGCCCUAUCAGCUUCCUGUCGCACACACUGCCACGUGGAGCACACACACAACCUGAGUAUGUGAACCAGGACGUCCCAUGUGAGCGUCCCAGCACCCUUCCGCGCAAAGCGAGCGAGAGGAGAUUCAUUAACGGUCUCUAUACAGGGAACAGCGUGGAGAACCCAGAGUACCUGGUGCCAAUGCGCAACAUCUCCCCCAUUUCACCCGCCUUCGACAACCCCUACUAUCAUGAUCUCGCAGCUAAAGCUCAGGCAGUGGCCAGAGCGUCCAUAAACGGAGGUACGACUCACAGGCAGCCCAAUGGCUACAUGACCCCCACGGCAGAAAACCCAGAGUACCUGGGCUUAGCAGAGACAUGGAGCGGUCAGAUGGAGUAUACUUGAGAGAAAGCAUACGGUACAGUUUGAGUGCAAGCGGUGAGCUUGUGUGUGUGUGUGUGUGUGUGUGUGUGUGUGUGUGUGUGUGUGUGUGUGUGUGCGAGUGAGUAAAAGACCUAUUUUGUGAAGGACAUUCUCAAUCGGAAUGAUUUCUCAUGGCUUUCUAACUAAAUCGCUAUAACUAUGUAGCAUUCUGUACUGGAGUUGGAACUUGAAGAUGGAUGCAUUUCCAGUUUGUGCCAAAAAGACAAAAACAUGGUACGUUGUUGUUUUGUUUUAAGACUGCUUGAAUGAUGUUAACACUGGAUAACAGUAAGGACUUCAUUGGGAUUUUUGCUUUUGGCCAUCUCGUAAAAAACGUUACCUUUUCUGGAGAUUCGAUUCAAUUCCAAGCCAGGGUCGUACACACUGCUUUCCAGAGCGUUGUGUGAACUGGACACAAUCAAAGCCGCUCUGUUCUGUGUGUAAAGGCCCUGAGUGAGCAGCUACGGUGCCGGCGAAUGAAAGACUGACAUUAUUGCGGUACGAAAUGGGUGUUGCGUGUUCAGCGACAUUAACUGGCCUUGAAGAUUCAUCAACAUUUCUUAUCUGUGACAUAUCCAGGUUUUCUCAUUUGUUUGGGUAUUUUUUUUUUUAAUUCCUUGUGUUUGAGCAUUGACUAUCUUGAUUAUGGGCUGGGUAACAGUUGUACAGAUGUAUAUGUAAAGCAACAGGUGUCCAGGUCAUAUUGCAAAAAGUUUUUGUUAGCAUAAUAUUUGUGUGUUUAUUACGCAUAUAUAAGUACGCACACAUACAGUAUAUAUUUUGAGAAUGUUUACGUCUAUUUGUAUUCGUAUAAUUUAUAUUAUAAAAAAAAAAAAAUGAAAUAUAUGCGUGCGUGUGUGUAACUAUAUAUGCAUAAUACACACAACACAUACACACAUACAUAAACAAAAACUUUUACUUUUGGAAUGCGAUUAAUCGAAAUUAAUUGUUUAAGAGCACUAAUUAAAACAGAACACAGUUCUUUUAAAUUGUAAUAAUAUUUCACAAUAUUACAGUUUUACUGUAUUUUGGAUCAAAUAAAUUAAACUUAAUUAAAUCGUGAUUAUUCCAAAAUUUUGUACGUAAUGUUUGUGUAUAUAUAUACAGUACAAUUUUCAUCAUGCAUGAAUGGAGGAGCUCUUAAUUAAAAUAAAUGUCAUGAUGCAAAACGUCUUACUGGAACUGGUAGAUUUAUUUUUAAUUUUUUGGCAAAAAUAUGGUUUGGUCCUUUUUGAUUUUGGGAUAAAAUAUGACCUGGAUAUAUCUUGUAUGUUGUAUGUAUCUCCUGUAUGUUUUUUUAUUAUGAAUUUCUUCUUUGCAGUGACGAAUACAAUGUGGUUUUAACUGAUGCCCUUACUAUCAGAACGACUGGUUUAUUUGUAAUAAGACGUUACCCCCAGACGUGAUCGUUUAAAGUGCGUGACGUCUAUUGUGAUUACUUUAUAAGAACGUCUUUUAGGCACGACACAUCCCACUCAUUUAAAUGUGCCUCACAUGUACGCAGAAAGACUGCUAACACUAAACACAGUGUUGUGGAGUAAAUACUUCAUGUUUAAGAAUGUGGUCUGAUUUCCAUAAAUUAGCAGCUGUGGCCUCCGGCUGGACGAACCCCCCUUCAAUGCCUCCAUUGUUUCGAAUGACAACGUGUGCCUUUUGUUAACUACCCGACUCCAGCGUCCAGUUAAUAUGUCACUUCUUUGAGGAAAGACGUGAAUGUUUUGUCCUUGCCGAAUUCUUUGGUGCCAUUUGCAGUUAUGCAGUUGUUUUCUCUAAACCAGAUCAAAUUCCAGACGUUUGAUUGUUGAUUUGCCUGAGUACGAAAUGAGAGAUUCGGCUUUGCGAGUGUGUGAAGCAGUAGUUACAGAUAAUGAACUGAGUGAAUGGAGUCACUGGAGUGAGAGAGUGAUAUUAUGUGCGCUAAUGGACGUCAGGCUCAAACAAUGACUUAAUAGUUUUUCACAGUAAGGGAUUUCUUCCUUGUUUCUGGAUAGCCAACAUUAUAUACACUGUUGUUUUGGUCCAGGCUAUUGAUUCAGUUGGAAAAAUUUUAGAAAUAUAUACAAAAUCAUGCAGUAGCGAUCCAUUGGAGAGUCUUUACUAGUAAUGCAAUUGAGUACGAGUCCACCACUGAUGCAGAAAUAACGCACCUCCCCUUUGACAGUCUUUUAGUUGCCUUCUUUUGCUAUGUGAUGCUAUACUGGCACGUUUACUCUUCCCAAGAUGCAUAGGACGAAUUUCCAUAUUUUCUUUUUUUUAGAAAACUCACAUUUACAGUGUCACAAUGUUUGACGCCAUAUAUCCAGCCACCAUUAUUUCAGGAUCCAAAGUCUAUGAAAGCGCAUCGAAGGAACUUUAAAAUCUGCUGUUGCCACAAUUUUAACAAAAUAUACACACUUUGAAUGUUUAAUACUGAAUGUUGUACUUUUUAUAUGCGUAAUUGUCCAAAUCUCAGCUUGAGUUGGAUGUAAUAUUGCUAUUUUUCUUGUGAGCCAACAAGUUUGAUUGUAAAUAUACUGUAUACAAUAA